AGUCAAACUCACACCCAUAGUCACUAAAGUUGAUGCCAAAUACCAGCACAUAUAGACAUAUAUAAACAUAUGGUCGAAAACUUCUUACAGAGUUGCACAGAAAGAGUUUGGUGGUCGUAUUUUCAAGAUUUAAAACUCAUUUUGUGAUCACAACCAGGAAAAAAAUUAUAUCUAAUAUCUCCAAACUUCAAAGUUUAUAUCUUAUUUGUUCCCUUUCAACUCAAAAGAAGAAAUCAAGAAAACAUGGGUGUUCUUGAUCACGUCUCUGAAUACUUUGAUUGUUCCUCCUCCCAUGGUAGCUCCAAGAGACACAGAAGUCUACAGUGGGUGGAUGUGAGGGUUUUGAUAGACUGUGAAGGAUGCGAGAGGAAAGUGAGAAGAGCCUUAGAAGGAAUGAAAGGGGUGAGAGAUGUAACCAUCGAGGCUAAUGCUCAGAAAGUGACUGUGGUUGGUUACGUUGAGCCAAACAGAGUGGUGGCUCGGAUCAUUCACCGGACCGGUAAGAGAGCCGAGCUUUAUCCUUUCGUUCCUUACGACGUUGUGUCUCACCCUUACGCGUCUGGUGUCUACGAUAAUAGAGCACCGGUUGGGUACGUUAGGAACACCGAGUAUGAUCCACAUGUCUCGCGGCUCGCACGUGCUAGCUCCACUGAAGUUCGUUAUACUACAGCGUUUAGCGAUGAGAACGCUUCCGCUUGUGUGAUUAUGUGAAUUUAUUUGUUGUUCUUUUUGAUUUUGAUUUUGAUUUUUUUUUGUGUUGAUGUGUUUUCGAGAAUUGAUUAUUGUUUGUCUGUUUAUGUUGGUAUAUAUAAGACCGAGUUAAAAAUGUAAA